UUCAAUUUAUUAAAAUUACAACAUUGUAUCUAUCAUGCUUAAAAUAGAAACCUUUAUUUCAGCAAAGACAUUCAAACGGAAGCAUCAGUGCCAAAGUUUGGAAGCAGGAAUAUAGUGACAGUUGUGUCUGUGACUUAGUCCAUAUGGGACUCUCCAUCUGUCAGUCGUUCCAUUUUUCUCCCUCGCAACAUUUCACCCUUUUCUUUAUCUUUCCUGUCCUCAUCCAGGCCCUGCUCAGAAGAUGCCGGCCACCGCCACAGCCUUGGACUUUUUCCAGCUCUUCGUCCCGGACAAUUGCAUCCAAAACAUGGUCACCCAGACCAACAUGUACGCCAAGAAGUUCCAGGAGCGCUUCGGCUCAGACGAAGGCUGGCGUCCCGUCACGGCCCAGGAGAUGAAGGCCUUCCUGGGCUUCGUCACCUCCACCAGCCUGCACCGCUGCGAGUCUGUGCUCAGCAUCUGGAGCUCGGGCUUUUUCAGCAACAGCAGCAUCGCCCUGAAGAUGAGCCAGGCGCGCUUUGAGAAGAUCCUCAAGUACUUCCAUAUCGUGGCUUUCCGGCCGUCGCAAGGAAGCAACCAGGGCCUGUACAAGAUCCAGCCUUUCCUGGACUCACUGCAGCAGUCGUUCGGCUGCACGUUCAGACCCUCUCAGACACAGGUUCUUCAUGAGCCCUUGAUAGACGAGGAUCCGGUGUUCAUCACCACCUGCACGGAGAGAGAGCUGAGGAAGAGGAAGAAGAGGAAGUUCAGCCUCUGGGUUCGACAGUGCACCUCCACUGGAUUCAUCUGUCAGAUCUCAGUCCAUCUGAAGGAUGGCCAGGGCACAGACGGUCUGGCCACCUUGAAGAACAAGCCUCAGCUGCACAGCCUCGUGGCCAAGCAGCUCUGCCAGAACAUCUCCGGCAAGAACACCAUCAUUUUCACGGGGCCGUCCAUCACAAGCCUCAGCCUUUUCAGCGAAUUCAGCAAACAAGACAUCUUCUGCUGUGGUCUGCUGAGCACCAGGAAGAGCGACUGUACAGGCUUACCACAGAGCAUGCUGGUCUGCGGCUCCACACCAGCGCAGCGCGGCCAAUCACGAGUCAUGAUGAAGGGUGGCAUGUCGCUGAUCAGCUGGUACAACAAGGGACACUUCAGGUUCCUCAGCAACGCGUACUCCCCAACUAAACAAGGUUUGAUCAUUAAGAGGAAAAGUGGGGAGAUCCCAUGUCCUCUGGCUGUCGAGGCCUUUGCAGCACACCUCAGCUACAUCUGCAAAUAUGACGACAAGUACAGCAAGUACUUUAUCUUCCACAAGCCCAACAAGACCUGGCAGCAGGUCUUCUGGUUGAGCAUCAGCAUCGCCAUCAAUAACGCGUACAUCCUCUACAAGAUGUCUGACGCCUACACUGUCGAACGCUACAGCCGAGCACAGUUUGGAGAGAGACUGGUCAGAGAGCUGCUGGAUCUUGACGACUGCUCCCCCACACAGUGAAGAGGAGGACAACCAUAGCGCAAAGCAACAACACACACACACUCAGACACACACUAACAAGAUCCCCACACAUGUAUUUACACCCUUCAUUACGGUUGUACAGACUCUGCCGUCUGUGUCUAUGUGAUAAUACUGAAGCAGUGCCAAGCCUGUGUCUCUCUCCCUCUAGUUGUUUUUUGUGGUACUGCGAAUAUUCAUUAAGUCACAGCUACACAAUCACACAAUAGAGAAUUAUGAGCCAUGGGACACUCGCCUCAGCUGCAACUUUCCACCACACACAUUUACUGAGGAUUCAUCAGCAGGAGCAGUUUCACAAGCAGACGAAGGCAGAAACAAUGACACGGGGAAGAAUUCACCGUUAAAUGAUGUCAGCAUCAAGUUUAAACUCUUAUCAAAGAAUGAAAUUAUUGGCGUGAGCCUGAAUCUCCUGUGUGACCCUUAAACACAUCAGGCUAAAAGGCUACUUGGUAUAUACACUCUGCAAAAACACAUAUGACCCUGUAACAAAAGCUUAGUAAAACAGGACAAUGGUGUGUUCACAUGCUGCAUGCAUAAAGAAUCUGGAUUGUGAUGUUCUCUUGUUCGAUGUGAAAAAUGAUUUCUGCUCCAGGUGGGUUUUUUUCUUUUGGUUCGUGUGUAUUUAUUCAGCAAGUUGGAACUGCCAUUUGUGUGUGCGACCUUGAGCCUGAGGAUGUAUUUGUACGGCUAUUGUGACCCAAAUGUGUCGUGUUGCUGCAUAACGUGCACGCUAGACGAAGCCUGUCAGGUGAUGUAAAGCCACACCCAGCAGUGUGCCGCCAAUUCACAGAUUCUCCUUCAAAAGAGAUAGAAAAACAUUUAGUUUCAGAUGUCGCGAAGCCCCUGAACAGCUAAUUUGGUGAAUUUCUCUUAAAAUGAGGAUAAGUUUCAUACAUUCAUCAAAAUCGCUCAUGUUGAAGGAAGCUGAAAAAAUAGGGUUUUUUGCGCCUCCAAAAAAAACAAAUCUAAUCAGAAACCUACUUUUGUACCAAACAACACUUUUAUUGCCAGAUAAACUUGUUGUAUUUGCCUGUUUCAGGACUUAUUGCUAUGCAAGCUAACUGUGCUUUGGCUUUGCAGGUCAGUACAUGUUCACAAUCUCCCUGAUUGGAUGUUCAGUGAGCCUGCGUUGCUAGGCAACAAGUGCAUAUCUUGGCCAGUGGGCAAUGUCGCUUGGCAAGAUUUACAUUCCAAAAAAGUCAAAAAGUGAAUCCCUGGUGGUUUAUGAGAUGUCCCUUGAAAGCAACAAAUCAUAACUUAGAAAAAAGGCUUCGGGGUCAUACGGUCAUACAGUGAUUUGCUUCCUCUCCUCUGGUGUCAUCAAAAAAAGCAAAUUAUUCCAUGAUUAAAAAUAUGCAGUUAAUUUAUCAGCACAUUUACACAAAGUAAUACCAGAGGACUUACGGACUUUUUAAAAUAAUCAGUUUUAACCUCCGUAUUUUCCUGUGAAAUGGAAGCAUGAAUGCAUUUUAGAUUUAGAUUCAUUUAUUGAAAACUUUUUCUUCCAGUAACACAUUUCUUGCCACAUAACAAAUUUAAUCUUCCCCCUCUUGACAGGCCGAAGUGUGAGUGAAAAUUCACUCCCGGUCCUCAGCCCACACUGCUGUCUGUAGCUUUAAAGAGGAUUUCCGCUUUGUCAUGGGGUCGACAUGUUAUCGUCACGCUGGAAUCAAGGUAUCGAUGUACGCUUGCUCCGUCGGCAUGGUUAGACGUGUGAAUAAGUGUUGCAGUGAGACGACGGUCUCCACGCUGGCAGAGCCGUGUUGUUGAGUGAUUAGUUGGCAGGACUCAUGCACUUUCCCACAUCACAGUCUUGCACUUUUGAGAUUUGUAAAGUUGGCGACAUGUCUCUCUGAGAUGAUCCUUUUUCGUUUUAUUUUGAAUCCGAUGUUCGCAGAAGAAUAAAGAAAAUAUAACUGUACGUAGAUAAAUGAGAUGGAUUAUAUAAAAUGACACCAAUGAAAUAAAACUGAACAUUAAUGACUAUAACCAAAACAGAAAAGAUCUCCACUGUAGAUUUAGAGUAUAAGGUCGAGUAUGUCUGUGUAUAUUUUGUUAAAACUGUGAGUGUAUGUCCAUUAUCACUUUGUCACUGAGACUCAAGAUUGUGAUUUUAUUUUUUACUUUUUCACUAAUCCAAAGCAUUGUUGUUGUCACUGUUGCUCUUGUGCGUAUGUGUGUGUGUAUGUGUCUAAUCACUGUUCACCUUGAUGUAACACUGUCUUAAAAGACAUUCCCUGUUAUGUCACGUAUUUGUAAACUAAUGAUUUUAAUACACUUAUUUGAUGCCAACAAACAUGCGCUCGUAUUAAAUUGAUUGGGUCAUAUUGUUAAACUGAAAUACACCUUUGGCCAUUGUGGAAACAUCCAAUAAAUAACACAAAUUAUAAAUGCUGAAAAUUUAAAAAAAAGCCAAAGACAUAAAAUCCAUA